AUGCAAAUAUGGUUUGAAAAGCCGGCGGGAAAUCUGAGUUUCGCGGGAGGACCUUGGCGCGUAAACCGUAUCCCUUCAUUCAUUGUCAGCAGCAGCUUCCUGGAGCCAUUUUUCAGCUGCCGGCCGCAGCAACCGGGCUGCCGCCGCCGCGUUGCAAUCCGUUGCAUCGGCCGCCCCCGACGCCUCCAUCCUCCCUCGGGGCCCGAUAUCCGUGCGGCCGGGACCCUCUUCUCUCCAGAGCCCCGAUUAUUUUUGGCCCCGGGGGCCCGUGCGGUGCCGAAAAAAUAA